GCUCCUCAACUCUCUCUCUCUAUCAAUGCGUUUCCUAGCCCCUGUAAUUUUCUCCACGCUCCCACCCCACCACCCUCACGCCCUUAGCCAAUUAUUAUCACAUCAUCAUCAUCUUCAAUUUCUUGCCUCCCAGAACAUAGAAUCGUCUUCUUCUUUUGCGCUGACAAGCACACAACUACUAGAAGCUUAACCAAACACAAAAUAAAACAAAAACAAAAAGAAGAAAAUUUGCAGCUAGCAAGCUAGCAUUGCGUAUUCAGGGCACAUGGGGAGGCAUUCUUGCUGCUACAAACAGAAGCUGAGGAAAGGGCUUUGGUCCCCUGAGGAAGAUGAGAAGCUUAUUAAUCAUAUUGCCAAAUCUGGCCAUGGCUGUUGGAGCUCAGUCCCAAAAUUGGCAGGACUUGAGAGGUGUGGGAAGAGCUGUCGGUUGAGGUGGAUAAAUUACCUGAGGCCAGAUUUGAAAAGAGGGACAUUUUCACAGGAAGAAGAGAAUUUGAUAAUUGAACUCCAUGCACUUUUAGGCAACAAGUGGUCUCAGAUUGCAGCCAGAUUACCCGGACGAACCGACAACGAAAUCAAGAACCUGUGGAAUUCUUCCAUCAAGAAAAAGCUAAGGCAGAAAGGGAUUGAUCCCAACACUCACAAACCACUCCCCCAGGUUGAGAAUGCAGAAAAACCCCAAGUCUUCAACAACCUCGUAGAAUUCAACAACCCCAAGUCUUCUCAGAUGAUUUCUGGGUUCAAUCCCAAUCCCAAUUCAGUUCUUGAUCACCAUUGCAGUAGCAGUGUUAAACUUCAAGGCAGCCCUGCUUUCUUUAACACCAGUGGCUUUCCAUGGUUAGUCUCAGGCUCUGAAAAAUCAGAAAAAUUAUCUGAUCCAGAAGACAUCAAAUGGUCUGAAUAUCUCCUAGGAAACGCCAUUCCAAACCAACCCGAACCGCAGUUCACAGUCACAGAAGAAGGUUCUUUCAGUACCACUGCAUCAACUUGGCUUCAGAAUCAGCACCCUUCUUUGCAGGCUGCAAAUUUGUGUACUGGUAGUAAGCCUUUUCAGAGACUCUCUGCUGCUUCUAGCCAAUUUUCCUAGCAUAAAUUUCACCGGUAACAGGUCAAGUCCAGCAAUUGGUGGCUAAGGGAUUGUUGGACGGAGAACGGUGAAGGGCCAAGCCCAGCACCCUGCCUCUCGAAAAUUUAAUGGCGGUUUAAGGAAUAAAGUUGCGUGCCUUCACUGCGAACUAUAGUUUUUGACGUAGUGGUGAAGUCUGAAGUCUGAGUCCCAGCAAGACGAGCAAAAACUGUACAGUUAAGAUUGACAGGUGUCGAGCUAUAGGCUUCCUAUUCUUAAUCUGUAUAUAUGCCAUGCCUUGCACAAAAUUUCAUUACCAGAUAUUCUUCUUCUUGUUAUAAUAUUGGAAGUUGAAACCUUUCUUUUUCUGUUA